AUGUCGGAAGCUCCAGGCCCUUCUACAGAAGAAGCAGGGCGACCCAGUCCCAGCUUCUCAUCAUGUCCGCCUAUCUUUGUUCUCCCAACUCAUCUCAGUCUAGAGUUGCUACACGAGACAGAAGCGAAUCUCAUCAAACGAGACGCACGUCUGACCUACGAUAUCUCCGAAGCGAGGCUGGUCCUCGGAAAAAUCGGCCAAGAGAAGCGCGCAGCGUUGGAGUUGCGCUCUCGUGGACUCUGGACGGAACCAAUCAGUAAUCCUGAACCCCCCAGGAAGCGACGUCGUGUCGUGCGUGAACCAGAAAAGCCUGCGGGACAGGCAGACAUCGACCUCAGCACCGAGACCGAAGAUGAAGAAGAUGGCAUGAAAAGUCGACAUGAUCCUUCACGGCAUCUCAAUCGACCCAAAUCACGCUCUCCGGCCGAGUCCACCUUCAACCCAUCAGAAGCUUCGUCUGUCUCAUCUACCAUCGAGCAACCAGACAUCAUCAAGGUCGUCAAACUAGACUGGCUGGACCAAUGCCUCAAGGCCCAAGAACUCCUCCCCAUCGACCCAUAUAUAAUCUAUAUCGCCCGCCAGGUUCCACGCCCGGAACCUCCCAAAACAACCAUCAUAUCCAGCGACAUCAUCCAGCGAGCCAAGCAAGAUGCCGCAUUACGACCACCUACUCCAACCCGCCAUCACCCCCGGACGCACGACCCUGCUCGCAAUCCCCCCAAACUCUACCGAACCACCACCUCCGAGAACGACGACACCGUCCCCAUCCCGCCAGCCCCCGACUGGGUGACGAACCACGUCCUCUACGCUUGUCUCCGCUCCGCCCCCCUCCACCCCCCUAACGAAGCCUUCAUCAACCAGCUCAUCAAGAUCCGACAAAUUCGCGAGCUCACUCUCGACGAGAUCGGCGUCCGCGCCUACAGCACCUCCAUCGCGGCCAUCGCCGCCUACCCCUACGAAUUCCGCCGGCCCUCGGAAAUCCUCGCCCUCCCCGGCUGCGACACCAAAAUCGCCAACCUCUUCCACGAAUACCAACAAAGCCCCACCGGCACCCUCUCCGCCGCCGCGCUCCUCGACACCGACCCCACCCUCCACAUCCUCCACACCUUCUACAACAUCUGGGGCGUGGGCGCCAAAACCGCCCGCGACUUCCACUACGCCCGCCACUGGACCUCCCUCGACGACAUCAUCGAACACGGCUGGUCCAGCCUCACCCGCGUCCAACAAAUCGGUCUCAAAUACUACGACGAAUUCCUCGCCGGCAUCCCCCGUCCCGAAGUCCAACACAUCGCCCACAUCGUCACCCACCACGCCAACCUCGCCCGUCCCCCUCCCAACCCCAACAACCCCAUCCAAUGCAUCAUCACCGGCGGCUACCGUCGCGGCAAGACCCUCUGCGGCGACGUCGACCUCAUCCUCACGCACCCGGACGAAACCAUCACCAAAACCCUCAUCAUCGACGUCGUCGCCGCCCUCGAAUCCGCCGGUUGGAUCACUCACACCCUCGCCCUCCACCUCAUCACCUCCCACCGGGACCAACAAACCCUCCCCUACCGCGCCGCCACCUCCACCUCCUCCUCCACCGGCGAUAACUCAACGCCCAAAAACUUCGACACCCUCGACAAAGCCCUCGUCGUCUGGCAAGACCCGCACUUCACUGACCCUGACCCUGACCCCACCUCCUCCCCCCCCCACCACCACCAUAACCACAACCCGAACCCCCACCGCCGCGUCGACAUCAUCAUCUCCCCCUGGCGCACCAUCGGCUGUGCCGUGCUCGGUUGGUCAGGCGAUAAGACCUUUGAAAGGGAUCUGCGCCGGUACGUGAAGAAGACGCACGGAUGGAAGUUCGAUUCGAGUGGCGUCCGGGAUCGGAAUUCGGGAGGGAGGGUCAUUGAUUUGGAAGGGGGAGGAAGGACGUGGGAGGAGCGGGAGAGGUUGCAUGACGUCGAAAUCAAGCAGGCUGCUCUGGGUCAGACCCUCGUAGAGCGCGGUGAUCUCGUCUGCCGUGGCCCGGGUGCCUUUGAAUUGCCGGUAGCCGGUGUGAUUGCCUGGGGUGGGUUAGUGAUGGAUCAGAGCAGAUAG